CUCCCUCUGACGGCUGCAGCAGUGAACUGCACUUCCGGUGGAGUUCCGAGCGCUGGGACGCAGUGAUGCAGGGGGAGCGGGAGGAGGGGGAAGCCCAGACCAGGAGAAGCAGAGGCCGACAUAGACCAGGCCGAGAGCAGGAUCCCGACGUCCGGCUGUCCAAGGCCCUCUCCUUCGCCCUCCGGCAUGGAGCAAGUCAGCUGGGCCUGGAGUUGCAGAAAGACGGAUUCCUGCCCGUGGAUGCCAUUCUGCAGCACCCCCACUACAGGCGUUACACGGUACAGGACAUCCAGCGGGUGGUGGACACCAGCGACAAGCGGCGGUUCGCCCUGCGCACGGACCCCACGACCGGCGCGCUGCAGAUCCGGGCCAACCAGGGCCACACGCUGCAGGUGGAGGAGCUUGAACUGACCCGAAUAUCCCUGGGCGAUGGCAAUCUCCCAGCACAGGCUGUGCACGGGACCUACCUCCGUCACUGGCCCCUGAUCAAGGCCGAGGGGCUGCGGCGCCUGUCUCGUCAACACAUUCACCUGGCUCCGGGACUGCCCGAGGAUGGUGGUGUCGUCAGCGGAAUGAGGAGCAGCUGUGAACUGGCGAUCUUCGUCGAGCUGGAGAAGGCUCUGAGAGAUGGGAUACCAUUCUUUCUCUCCGCCAACCACGUGAUACUAACUCCCGGCAAUGAAGAUGGGGUUUUACCCCCGAAGUACUUCCAGAAAGUUCUCCAGUUAAAACCAACCAGACGAUUGCUCCCCUUGCAGUGAGGAGCCUCAGAUGGUGCAUGGUGUACCAGCAGUGGGGGACAUCUGGACUCUAAAUGCA